AAGCUUUACUGAAGAGGCCACUCUUUGUUCUUUUCUGUUGUUCCUGCACACACUCCUCUUACUUUGUAUUGUUCCACCUCUUGCUCACUUUAUUUUAUAUCCAUUGCCUUUAUAAAGCAAUUGUUUUGCAGUUUGCUUUUCAUCUUCUGUUUUUAUUGUUCUCCCCUAUCCGCCUGUGUAAGACUAUCUGAAGCUUGCUGUCUCCCUGGCUUUGCUGGACAGCUCUCUGCCUCUCUUCAUUGCCCCUUCCUACUUCUUCCUCUCAGAAAGAUACAUCAGGAGGUUUCUCUCAUUCUGCCUGAAGCAGUUCUUUGCUGCGUUGUCUGCAGAGAUAAUGAAGCUGCUGGGGCAUAAGAUAGAGCUCUGGGCAGGCUUGCUGCUGCCAGACAUCAGCAUAUCUGGGAUGAGUGAGCUGCGCUUUCCAGAGGAGAAACCUCUUCUCAGAGGCCAAGACACAGAAAUGGAGUCUGCUGACACCUUUAUGUCUGCUGCGGAUACAGACUGGAAAGAACAUGACAUUGAAACCCCAUAUGGAAUGCUACAUGUGGUUAUUCGAGGGACUCCAAAGGGCAAUCGUCCUGCGAUUCUUACCUACCAUGACGUGGGGCUGAACCACAAACUUUGUUUCAACACCUUCUUUAACUAUGAGGAUAUGCAGGAGAUAACUAAGCACUUUGUGGUGUGCCAUGUGGAUGCACCAGGGCAGCAGGUGGGAGCAUCACAGUUUCCUCAGGGGUAUCAGUAUCCCACAAUGGAGCAACUGGCAGCCAUGCUACCAAGUGUCAUGCAGCACUUUGGGUUUCAAAGUAUAAUUGGAAUCGGUGUUGGAGCAGGAGCCUAUGUCUUUGCGAAAUUUGCUCUGAUUUUCCCAGAGUUGGUGGAAGGCAUGGUUCUGAUUAACAUUGAUCCCAAUGGAAAAGGGUGGAUCGAUUGGGCAGCCUCCAAGCUCUCUGGGCUCACCAGCUCCUUGCCAGAAACUGUGCUGUCUCACCUAUUUAGCCAGGAGGAGUUGAUGAAUAACACAGAACUUGUGCAAAACUACCGGCAGCAGAUCAGCAGCUGUGUGAACCAGAGCAAUUUGCAGCUAUUCUGGAACAUGUACAACAGUCGAAGAGAUCUGGAAAUGAGCCGUCCUGGAACUGUUCCAAAUGCUAAGACUUUGAGGGCACCAGUGAUGUUGGUGGUUGGCGAUAAUGCUCCAGCGGAAGACAGCGUGGUUGAAUGUAACUCAAAGCUGGACCCAACAAACACAACAUUCCUAAAGAUGGCUGAUUCUGGUGGCCUUCCACAGGUGACACAGCCUGGAAAACUGACUGAAGCAUUUAAAUAUUUCCUACAAGGCAUGGGAUACAUUGCUUCCCUGAAGGAUCGGAGACAGAGUGCCAGUGCAGGAGCAGUGCCCUCAGCAAGUAUGACCCGACUUGCUCGCUCCCGCACAGCUUCUCUCACCAGUGCCAGCUCUGUGGAUGGAGCCCGUCCUCGACCCUGCACCCAGUCUGAAAGCAGUGAUGGCAUUGGCCAAAUCAAUCACACAAUGGAGGUUUCCUGCUGAACUCCCGAGUACCAAUGCCCUUUUACCCUCUAAUCUCUCCUUUACACCAUUCAUUAUUCUUCUUUACUGGUAUUGCUUCCUGUUCCCCCCUUUAAACAGCGUCUGGCGUUUCUUGGGGAUCUUAUAAUCAGAAUGACAGCAAAUCAUCUUGCAUCUGGUCCAGUGCUUUUAGGGCUUUUUCCUGAGAUUGGAUGUAAGAGGCACCCCAAAAUGAAGAAAGGGAAUAAGAGGAAGUAGAAAUAUGGUUAAAUGUCAGACAAGCAUAUAAUAACAGUAAAAUGCACUAGGAGUCAACAAUGGAAUUUCUUUGGUGCUCUGCAAAUAGUUGAUAAGAGUUAAGUGGUGCUCCCAGCACAAAGAGUUACAAGCCAAGUGACUUUUUGUUCUGUGAUCUAAGAAAGGCCAAAGAGUUGCAUGUGUGAUUUGAUGAUGCAUGAAAGUAUUGAUCUAUUGGAUCAAAACUGACCAUAUGAAAAGCUGGGGAUUGUGCAGACCACUAUUUAAGUGACUUCUGUUACAAUCAAGGCCUUUUUAAAAAUUGUUAGUUUAUAUAGUAACUUCCAUUUCUGUAAGAGAAAGACAAGGUCUUCUCAAGAAAUUAAUAUGAUACAUUUUUGCCUCUUGGUGUGACAGUGCAGAGCAACCGUUCAACCUAUUCCUCAGGGAAAUCCUGCAGGGAGGAAUUAGCACCUAAAAUCCUUGAAUUGCAUAUUUGAGUGAAGGUGCAUAUGGAAUAGUUAAGAGCUAAUAUCUGCCUCCCUAUUGUAGGGUCAUGUUGUUAGCCUCUUUUUUUUUCUAGCUGAUGUAAACCAAACUUCAGCUCCAUUUUAAUGGCUGAGAGUGUAAAGUUAUGAACAGAGAGCAAAAUUACAUAACAGGAUUGAAAAUAAAGCAGAUGUUUUGGCAAUUUUAUAAACAUAAACCUUUGUGUGGGUCACCUGACAGGCUAGUGUUUAUAGCAAUUGAACUGGUUUAUUAAACUUUUGCUUCAAGGUGGUGAGUUUCUAUUUCCGUAGGCAGUUGUAUACAGCCAUAAUCUUACACUGUGUUGGGAUCAACAUCUGCAGUAGGCAAUAAUUUAAAGUGGUGGACUACAAAUUAAACUAUUAUGGCGUAAGGGGAUUGGAUAGCUAAUCUUCAAGUCACCAUGAGAUUCAUUAACAAUGGUCUAUGGAUCAUCUAAAGAAAUUGGAUACAACUGUAAACUGUAAGUUUUGGCUGGUAUAUGAUCUGUGGAUAUGCAGUUCUCCAGGAGGCUGGAUAAAGUAAUGGCCUACCUCAGGACUGGAUAAUAGUGAUCUUGAUGUUUGCUGGAAAUUAUGGAUAUAGAAGAGUUAAAACUUAGUUACAACUCAGGUUGUAGCAGUGACUUUCCUAUUAGUAUAGACUAUAGGACAGAAUAAGUUCUACAUGUCUGUGUGUAGGAAAUACACAAAACCUACUUUAUAGAUGUCUGCAACUGGAAAUGGUAAGAGAGGAAUGUUGCAGAUUAUUUAGUAGCAAAAGUAAAAGAAACCCAGGCUCCAACAAACAGGUGAGCAGUGACACCAGUAGAGGACUGUCCAUGCUUUCAGCAAUGCUCUGCACAGGCUAUGUGAUGCUAUGAGAUUCCUAUAGCAGACUAGCUCAUAUACACAAUGCACUUCUUGUCUCCAGCAUGCAAAGGAUUAAGCAAUGCUAGACAGGUCUGUAGCAAGGGGUUACCUAUUUUUUACAUCAUUUGAAUAUAUUUUAAAGCUGUGUCCUGUCUCCCCUGCAUCUUCAUCCUAGUGUCUCCUCCUCUUCCUCUUUCCAGAUCCCAACUUGUCAUAUGCGUGUUCUGCCAAACUAUAUAUAUAUAUUUCUAUAAAUACCUAUACAUAAUACAUGUAGGAAUCUUCCAUAAUCCAUCUUUACCUGUGGUUCCCAUUUAAUGUGUUCUGUAACUUUUUUUAAGGUGGAAUUUAAUGUAUCCUGGUUAAUAUUUACUGUAUCCUGUCUCUGUGCACAGUGAUUCUGUUAUACAUAUACAAUAUAUAAGAAUAUUCUUUGGUGUGUGCAUUGUGGUGGUUGAUGCUUCUAGUUGCAUUAAAGCCAUCAUUACAAAUACUCCUCCUUGAACUGUUGAGACAAGUACAUUCAUUUGUUGGGAAAUCUAAAUAAAACAUGUAAACCUGC